AUGAAUCUAUGGUUCUCAACCAUUCUUGAGAGCUUCCCAAACCUGAAAUCCCUCAGAUGGGAAUGCGACAUUAAGUAUGAGAAGAUGCACUUGAAUCAGAUGAAUCAAGUCAGUUUCUCAUCUGUACCAGUGCCUGAGUGUUUGCAUUCGUCUCUCGAGUUUGUUUAUUUCAAAGUCCCAUUCUCAGGAUUUACUGUAGAAAUGGAGUUAGUAAGAACUCACCAGUCCUCAAGAAACUCACUCUACAUUUUCCUUAUGAUUGUUUACAAAAAGAUUACUUGCUCAGAUUCUCCAGAGCCUCCAUCAAAUGUGAAG